UUGUUUUUGUGUUCAUUGAGAUAUUGUUUAAAAUGUUACUUUUCAUUUACGCUGAGCACUGUAUAUGUUACAUUACAUGUCGACACUAUAUAUAAACUAAGUUCCAUCUUCAUUUAUUUAUGGUAUCUACAUAUACUUUAAAACAGUUAAGGAGGUGAAGAGAUUUUUGUUGUUGUUUGUUUCUUACUAAGCUAAGCUAAACUACAGCACUAGAGCAUGAUGGGCCAUCAACACCUGGGCAGGGGCUGCAGGAUUCAGCCUGAUUGGUUGUUUUAUCUGGGGGCUCUUGGGUGCUGAGAGCUGAUUGGCUGUUUGACCUGAGGUCUGUUUAAAGGAGCCUGUCUGCUGUGAAAGGUUACAGUUGUUUUUCAGUAUCAUCUGGAGAUCAUCUAUUGUUUGUGACCAGUCACUGCUUGUUUUGGAUAUUCAGCAUUUGAAAUGGCUUCCGAAGGAUCUUUCCACAGCAGGAUCUACUUCCUCUGCCCUCACUGCAAGAAGGCUCCACGCUCUCUUCCUGUGCACCUCAGGACGGCGUGCAUGCGCGACCGCGCAGAGGCAGAGGUACGGGCCACUGUGAUUGAAGCCAAGAAAGAGAUGUCUGAAUUUACCCACAGGGAACGUUUCUGGGAGUACCAGCGUAUUCAAGACAUUUUGGCAACUGCUGAUCCUCUUGCCAGGUUGUUAGACGAGAUGCAAAAGAAGGGCUUAGUGGUAACAAACAAACCUCCAGUCCUCCCUACACCCACACUGCCUGUGCCCUCUUUACCUUCAUCUGCUCCUCAAAGCCCUGGAGAAGGUGCGAACGAGCCACAUGUUGUGACGAACGUGACCGUUCAGGAAUGGGAGGGGAAAACCCACAUACCGAACGGAGCUUCAGUUGCAGUGAAGGAGGAUAAAACAGAAGUACUGCUGACUGAUGACCAGGAACAUGGUUUUGGUCUGUACUUCAACAAGGUACGGCCGGCGACGCUUCAAGGAAAUGAUGCGAAAGCAGAGGACAAAUUUUUUGCGUCGAGUAGUGGGAGGCCGAUAUAUAACCCCUGCAAUGAUUCGAACAGACUCUAUGCCAAACACAACCUUCCCAGUGUGACCACGAGAAGCAGAGAGAAAAGGAUGAAUGAACAGACUGCAUUUGACCAUCGCCAUUUUCUCUAAAAACUUCAUUUGAAGCCAAAUUGGUUUGACAACUCCACCCGGAGCAUGUGGUGACACAAGCAAAACUGGACAAGAGACUCUUUAUGUUCUAAAGACAUUGCUGUUUUUAUCAAUGUAGAAAGCCAUUUGCUUCAGAUUUUUAAAUGUCAAAUGCACCAAUAGGUCACAUUUCAUAAUUACAAUGAUGUUAUUAGGUAAAACCGAGCACAGGAAACCCAAUCAAACAAACUGAUGUACAUUACAGCUCAUACCUACACAUCAUUAGCCUUGAAAUGAACUGUCCACAGAUAUAUAAUGACUUGAGUGGAUUUUGUCAACUUAUAUUAGACAUAUAUUUAGAGGAUUUUUUUCAUUUAUUUAAGAAAUAUAAGUGUAUUAGUAACUGUAUUAAAAACUCACAAUUCA